AUUCCCAUUUCAUAUCUACACUGACCACAAAACUACUCCUCCAUUUUAUUACAAAUCCCAAGACAUAUAAUCUCCAGCACUUUUCUUCCCUCUCUCCUUUCUCUCCCUCUCUCUCUCUCCCUCUCCUCUCUCUUUCUCUCUCUAAAUUUUAUCACCAUCUUUUCAGAGAGGGGAGAGAUUUUUGUUUGUUGGGGUUUUCAAGAAGAUGCUGAGGAAUAACAAGCAAGAUCAACGGGCAAGAUCUGCCAAGCCCAACACCCUUCAUGGAUGUGCUCAAGCUGGAGAUCUCAAUGGAUUUUUGAAGCUUCUUAAAGACAACCCUUCUCUUGUUAAUGAUCGCAACCCUGUUAUGGCACAUACACCUCUUCAUGUCUGUGCUGGUCACAAUAGUGUUGAGAUAGUUAAAGUUCUGCUUGACUGGCAAGGAUCAGAAAAGGUUGAAUUGGAAGCCAAGAACAUGUAUGGUGAAACUCCUCUUCAUAUGGCUGCUAAGAAUGGUUGCAAUCAGGCUGCACAAAUGCUUCUUUCUCAUGGUGCUUCAGUUGAAGCCAAAGCAAAUAAUGGGAUGACUCCGUUGCACCUUGCAGUUUGGCACUCAACACGAUCUGAAGAAGAUUGUUCUACUGUUCAGACAUUGCUCGAGUAUAAUGCAGAUUGCAGUGCCAAAGACAAUGAGGGCAUGACUCCGUUGAACCAUCUGUCACAAGGACCUGGAAAUGAGAAACUGCGGAAACUUCUAAAUUCGUAUCUUGAGGAGCAGAGAAAACGGAGGGCUAUUGAAGCAUGUAGUCAGACAAAAGCGAAGAUGGAUGAACUUGAGAAUGAGUUGUCUAAAAUUGUUGGUCUGGAUGACCUAAAGUUACAACUCCGGAAAUGGGCAAAGGGGAUGCUUUUGGAUGAGAGGCGUAGGGCCCUUGGGCUGAAAGUUGGUGCUCGGAGACCUCCUCAUAUGGCCUUCCUUGGUAAUCCUGGUACAGGUAAAACUAUGGUUGCUAGAAUUCUUGGAAAAUUACUCUACAUGGUGGGCAUUUUACCCACUGACAAGGUAACAGAAGUACAAAGAACUGAUUUGGUUGGGGAAUUCGUAGGCCAUACUGGACCGAAGACCAGGAAAAUGAUUAAAGAAGCAGAAGGAGGUAUUCUAUUUGUAGAUGAAGCAUAUCGACUAAUACCUAUGCAGAAGUCGGAUGAUAAGGAUUAUGGAUUGGAAGCUUUAGAGGAGAUAAUGUCAGUCAUGGACAGUGGAAAAAUUGUGGUAAUUUUUGCAGGCUAUAGCGAACCAAUGAAGCGUGUUAUUACAUCUAAUGAAGGUUUCUGCAGAAGGGUUACCAAGUUCUUCAACUUUGAGGACUUCAGUUCUGAAGACCUUGCGAGAAUCCUUCAUCUUAAGAUGAAUAGUGUAGCCGAGGGUAGUUUGCUAUAUGGAUUUAAGUUGCAUCCUUUGUGUACCAUUGAAGCCAUUGUAUCAUUGAUAGAGAGAGAAACAACUGAAAAGCAGCGAAGAGAGAUGAAUGGAGGUUUGGUAGAUCCGAUGCUAGUUAAUGCCAGAGAGUAUCUGGACUUGAGGCUCGAUUUUGAUUGUAUAGACACAGAUGAGCUGCUUACCAUCAGAAUAGAGGACUUAGAAGGGGGGCUUCGUGUAUUAUCUCACUGAUACAUGAAAUUUUUUAAUUCUUUUUCGUAAAAGGGCAAUUCUUAUCAAUUCAUUCUUUCAGCUGCAUCAGUUUAAUCUGGUAUACAGGUGCUUCUGAGUUUGCCUUAAUAUCUUGGGCUUCUUGUAAAGGAUUAUUUAUUGUAGUUCGAUGUUAUUGAUUUGAAGUAUGGUAAAACUUAUUCGUAAA